AAUAAAAAAUAAUUACCUUUUUCCCAUCUCUCUCUCUCUCUCUCUCUCACAUUCCAUACUGAGCCACAGUGAGACCGCUUUUCCAGCUUCCAUUUUCCAUACCCCUUCUUCUUCCUCCUCUUCUAUAUAAACAACAACCAAACAAUCCCCAAACAUUCCCACAACCUUUCCCUUCAACAUUUUUCCUCUCUCUGUCUCUCUCUCUCACAUCCGUUCCUCUUUCUCUCUCUAAAUCUCUAAAAUGGCAUCAGCAUCAGCAGUGAAGAUCGCUCUGUUCCUGUGCUUGUCGGCAUUAGUACUUGCGAACCACGCGCAGGGAGCGUCACACCACGCGCCGGCGCCGGCGGUGGACUGCUCGAACCUGAUACUGAACAUGGCGGACUGCCUGUCGUUCGUGUCGAACGGGAGCACGGUGACGACGCCGGAGGGAACUUGCUGCAAUGGGCUGAAGACGGUGCUGAAGGCCGACGCCAACUGCCUUUGCGAGGCCUUCAAGAGCAGCGCUCAACUCGGCGUCGUUUUGAAUGUCACCAAGGCCAUGACUCUCCCCACCGCUUGCAAAGUCUCCGCUCCCUCCGCCGCCAACUGUGGAUUAUCGAUCACCCCAUCUGGUGCUCCUGCUCUCUCACCAACAGAAUCUGCUCCAGCAUCUACAGCCGUGGCACCUGCGUCGGGUAUCGGUGCCAUUAAUGAGCAAGCUCCGGCAUCUGCUCCCGGCGGCCAAUCUGGUUCAUCUGUGCUCACCAUUUCCGUCAAAUCCCUUCUUGUUGGCCUUGUUGUUGCAUCCCUCUCUUGCUUUUGAGCUUUUCAGUUUUGAGUCUCCUUUUGAGAUCAAUAGGCUACUGAGGGAAUCAUUGUUAUUUCAUUUUGAUAUUAACCAUUUGGGGUUGUUCUCUUACAUUUAGUUCUUUUCCUUGUGGAUGGGGUGACUAUAGUAGAAACUAAACAUUCAUUUUGUGGCUUGGAACCAGUAGUGUUCUGGAUAUCUUUUGCUAAUGUAUUAAAUUGAUCAUUUCCUAUAAAUUUUGUUCUAUCUUGUCAA